CCUUCUUCAUCUUCUUUUCUGCUUGUUCUUCUUCUACAUCUCUCUGCUCUAUUUUGUGAUGCUACAUUACCUGAAGAUUUGAAAGAGAACUUUUGCUACAGGUGGAACAAAUUUCUUUUUUCUUGUUUUGUGUUUCCUCCGUUAAAGCUUCCUCUGCUGUCGACUGUUUUUUGCCAAUGCUUGUCCCUAACAAACAGUUGAGUCUUGGUCGCUCCCACAGCUGGGACACUUUAGGGGGGAAUGAGUGUCAGUGGGACAGGGCUGAGAGCGUCCACGAGCAGCAGGCAAGAGUAGCGGGCCGGCGGAACUCUCUGUCCUACGGGGAGGGAGGAGGGUGGUACGAGCCUCCACCAGGGGUGCGUCCCCCUGACCUGGAUUUGAAACGCGAUUUGUAUUCCUAUCCAGACUCUCAUUACGGGCAACUUUACGCAGAGCGACACGACCCACGAGGGAUGAGGAAGGGCUCUGCACCGGAUCUAAACCACUACGAACGAGCGACCAUGGCUCACAGAGGAUCCAUUCCACAUCAGGAUUACUAUUCCCAUGACCCAGCCGUGACUCCUCGAACAGCUGAGGGCUUUUACAGACCAGAACACCAGCCUCAGCAGCCUCAGCCUCAUCCACUCAGUAGGUCAAGCUCUCAUUUUGGGAUGACUCCUGGGGCUCGUGCUGCAUGGGAUCAAGGUCAAGGAGGGAGAGCGGGACCUCAAGCCCCUUCAUCACCUCUACCGCCCCCUCCCCCUCCCCCGAGUGCUCAUGAGUUGAAUCGAGCUUAUAGAGAACCUGGUGCUGUAACUGCUGCCAAGAUGAUGCCAGAUGGCCAACAGCGUGUACCCUCCCGAGACCCAUCUCCUGCUCACUAUGGUAUGGAACACAUGUCUCCCCGGUAUGCUAGUGAGCCUCCACCUCUGACUGGUCAGUCAGUUUAUACUGAUGUUAAUGGGCGCCCGUUGGAUGCACAGCAGCAGGCUGCUACCUGUCUUGUAGUAGAUCCUGCCAGUCAAGGUAUAAUUAUGAGGCAAGAGACAGCCUCACCCUACACCAUUCAGCAACAGCAGCAAUUACAACAGCAACAACAAAUACAGCAGCAGCAAUUACAGCAGCAGCAACAACAACAAAUACAACAGCAACAACUUCAACAGCAACAAAUACAACAACAGCAAUUACAGCAACAGCAACUUCAGCAACAACAGAUACAGCAGCAACAGUUACAGCAGCAGCAGCUUCAGCAACAGCAGUUACAGCAAGAACAACAGCUGCAGCAGCAUUUGCAACAGGCCCUGCCACCUCAACCUACCAUGCCUGUCACUGACCCUACCCUUUCUAUGGUGGGCCCCCUUCCUGCUGCCCCUGCCCAAUUGCAGGCUGCUGUAGUUGCCACAGCUGCACCUGUUUCUAUCGAGACUGUCCCAGCUUUAGCUCCUCAUCAUCCUGCCACUCCACUACCUGCUCCUCUUCCUGCUCUUCCUCCCACUGCCCCACAGAUGCUUUUGUCUGUGGAUUCCAAGAAAACUGUUGAUCCUGAGUUCCUCGCCCUGCUGCGAAAUGAGGGUCUCUCUGAGAGCACCAUCUCCUCUCUUAUUCAUCAGGGAUUUGACUCCACUAGCAUGCUGGCUGUCAUGGAGGAGAAUGAUGUCCGCACCGUCGCCCCCAACCUAGGCCAGGCUCGGGUACUGUCUCGCGUGGUCCAGAACUGCAAGCGGCCCGCUGAGGCUACACCAGCCCCCUCCCAACCUCAGACACCCAUGCGAGGCCGCUCAAAUAGCUUUAGCCAUCGCUCAGACAUCUACCACCAUCAGCAGCAGCACCACCAUCCACAGCACCCUUCACAGGCUUUGAAUGUGGACACACACCUAAUGGGCCCACAAACCCCUGGGGCCAUGCACACUAUCUCCCCAAGAAUGGGAGAAGUAAUUGGUAGGAGGCCCAGCAGUGCCCCAUCUCAGCACCUCCUGGAAGCCUCUGGAGGCUACCCGGGCCAACCACCUCGCUCGCCAGGGUCAUAUACUGGAGCCAUGAUGCCUGUUCAGUCGAGACCCAUGUCAGCCUACUCCUCUGGGGGGACAAUGCAUGGGAUGCAUGGGAUGCCUGUGCAGAGUAUGCAGAUAAUGCCACAGCAUAUGACUGGGUCUAUGCCUACCAUACCCGGGUCUAUUCACUCCAUGCAUGGUAUGCCACAACAGAUGCCUGUGUCCAUGCCAGCUUUACCACAGCCACCACAACAGGUACCUAAAGCCUACUCUACCAACUACACAGUGCCCAUGGAGCUGAUGAAGAGGGACAGGAACGCACUGCCACUGUCACCCAUGCAUAGUCCUCAUCCUAGUCCUCAAAUGAUGCGAAAGGGUGGGGGAUCUGCAUCAGACAAUAUCAUUAUGCCUAUGGGAGCACCCAUUCAAGGCCAAGGUGCCCUGGUUGCUAACCAGAAGCUAAGUCGACGCACAGGUCCACCAGUCAUCGUGUCCACUAUGCAGUCUCCAGAUACAAGUAUUCGGCCCCAGAUUAUGAAUGGGCCUAUGCACCCACGCCCCCUGGUGGCGCUGCUGGAUGGGCGCGACUGCACCGUGGAGAUGCCCAUCCUCAAAGACCUGGCCACUGUGGCUUUCUGUGACGCCCAGUCCACACAGGAGAUUCACGAAAAGGUGCUGAACGAGGCAGUCGGAGCCAUGAUGUACCACACCAUCACCCUGACCAGAGAGGACCUGGAGAAGUUCAAGGCGCUGCGCAUCAUCAUCCGCAUCGGCAGCGGCUACGACAACAUCGACAUCAAGGCGGCCGGGGAGCUCGGCAUCGCAGUGUGUAACAUUCCCUCAGCGGCCGUAGAAGAAACAGCAGACUCGACACUUUGUCACAUCCUCAACCUGUAUCGACGAAACACCUGGCUGUACCAGGCUCUCCGGGAGGGCACGCGGGUCCAGAGUGUGGAGCAGAUCCGGGAGGUGGCGUCGGGGGCUGCGAGGAUCCGAGGAGAGACGCUUGGCCUCAUCGGCUUUGGUCGCUCAGGCCAGGCGGUGGCGAUACGGGCCAAGGCGUUCGGCUUCAACAUCCUCUUCUACGACCCCUACCUCCAGGACGGCUUGGAGCGCUCGCUGGGCGUUCAGCGAGUCUACACGCUCCAGGACCUGCUCUACCAGAGCGACUGCGUCUCCCUGCACUGCAACCUGAACGAACACAACCACCACCUCAUCAACGACUUCACCAUCAAACAGAUGCGUCAAGGUGCUUUCCUGGUCAACUCGGCGCGGGGAGGUCUGGUGGAUGAGAAAGCUCUGGCUCAGGCCCUGAAGGAGGGCAGGAUACGGGGAGCCGCCUUGGACGUCCACGAGUCGGAGCCUUUCAGUUUUUCCCAGGGUGCCCUGAAAGACGCCCCCAACUUGAUCUGCACCCCCCACACUGCCUGGUACAGCGAGCAGGCGUCACUGGAGAUGAGGGAGAACGCUGCCACAGAGAUCCGCAGAGCCAUCACCGGCCGCAUUCCCGACAGCCUCCGAAACUGCGUCAACAAAGAAUUCUUCAUCACCUCGGCGCCCUGGGGAAUGAUGGAGCAGCAGCUGCCUCAAGUUCACCCUGAGAUCAAUGGCGCCGCCUACAGAUUCCCUCCUGGCGUGGUGGGCGUCGCCCCCGGUGGGAUUCCUGGACCUAUGGAGGGGUUGAUGCCCGGGGGUGUCCCCAUCACCCACACCCUGCCCCCUGGUACCCAUCCGUCACAAACCACCUCCCCCAACCAACCCUCCAAACAUGGCGACCCCAUGAGAGAGCACAUGACUGAGCCGUAGGACUGCUGCUGCUGCUGCAAACGAGCGAGAGGGGGGGCAAAUCAAAAUAUAAGAAAAGAAAAAAACCCACGUACAUUUAAAACCAACUCAACCAUCCGACCGUUUCGCUUGAGUCCAUCUGAAGCUACCAGCAGAGCGACCGCCUGCAGGGCCACGUUUCACACUCUCUUCUUUUUGUAUGAAGCCACUAAGCCCGUGUGAGGACAGCUGGACGUUCAGACACACACGAGCUGCCACACUGACACGGGACUGACCCCCCUUCCACUCUCUGUCCUUCAUUGAUUUAAGUGAUGCUUUUUGUUUUUUAGCUUUUAUUUUUGAGUAUAUUUUUAGGGAGGCUCCAACUGAACUUCUCGGACACGUUGACACGAAUUAUGUGCAGGAAGGAAAUCCAAGUCGCCCCCCCACCCCCUCGUGGGGAAGAACUCAAAGGGCAGACGGACACUUGGUCCUUUUGUUCCUCCUUCCUUCCUUCCACAGUUUCCCCCUUUUCCAGUCUUGUGUUAUUCUUCUUUUUUUUUUUACUUUCACCUGUUUAUCCUAUAUUCUGUGUUUCUGUUGCAAGUGGAUAUCUUUUUGCUUUCCGUUCUCCGGUGUGUGAAAAUGAAUGGAUUUACAGUUACAUGUCUGUUUUGAGGAAGACGAGCUGCAGCCUCUGCCGUCUCCGUCCGAAUCCUGGACUCUGUCUCCGCUGCUGCUGCUUUCUCAUCAUAGUGGCCGGUGGCCCCUGAAUGUAGAGAGUUGAGCUGGGGGGGCAGAUGUGUUUCUUCAGCUCCAGUUAGAAGAUUUCACCUUUUUAGGGUCAAAAUGAUCCCAGAAAAAAUGAUUCAAUUUGUGGUUUGGAAUUCUACAUUGAUUCAAUUGAUUAAAUGAGCUGAGGUGCCGACAUUAUCUGGAACAGUUUCCUGAAUAGUUUGCAUCCAAAGCCCCGACUGUAGGUUUCAGUGCUGGUUAGCGAGGUGAGAAAAGACAUGAAAUUUCUUUCUGACUCAGGAACAAAAAUAAAAAAUAAUAACCUUCCCAUUCGUCCAAAUCUGAACAAAAAAACGUAAAGAAAAGCAAAAAUAAAUUUUGGCUUUUCACGUCUUCACCUCUUUCUCCAUUGUGUUUUUUUUUUUUUUUAUAUAUAUAUCAAAUAUAUGUUUUUUGAUGUUCGAGGUUUUCAGUCCUGUUAGAUUUGUAUUGCCUUGUUAAAUGUUCUUAUAAUCAUAGUCUUAUGUGAGCGACCCCCGACCUCCCCUCCAUAUAGUUUCUCCUUCUACUUUCUUUUCUCUGUUUGUUUUUCUGCUCUGAUGAAAGCCAGCUGUGGCUCUCGGAGGCUCCGCGCGGAACAACAGCAGCCACAUCCGUCCCUUUAGCUCCGCCGCCAUAGCAACAGACGGCUGCUAGCAGAUUGUUUGGUUUUUAGUGUGAGUAUUUGUAUUUGUUUCUUGUACAAGGUGAACAUAUAGUAAACGGUGCAGCUGGAAACAAUAAAUAAAACUCGCUGUUCUGAUUGAUGAUCGGCUCCGUGGAA